GUUAAAAUAGCUGAAGUCAAACCCGAAGAAUUAAAAGCAUCAUGUAGUGGAAGCGAAGACGCGGCAAAUUGUCUAUGGCUCGUAACAAAUUCAAAACCUUGUCCGAACUGCAAGAGCCCCAUCCAAAAGAACGAAGGAUGCAACCACAUGAAAUGCUCAAAAUGCAAGUUCGACUUCUGCUGGGUGUGCCAGGAAUCCUGGAAGCGUCACUCGUCAGCGACGGGCGGCUAUUUUCGUUGCAACCGAUUCGAAGCCGUGCAAAAAGCCGAUGAAAAGCAGGGCACGAUGGUGAACGACGCUGUGGAUAGAAACAGUCAGCUACAAGAAAUGUCCAAGUUUUUGCAUUUUUACACUAGAUAUAAGAAUCACGAGAAUAGUCAAAAGUUAGAAGAACCUUUAUUAACUAGUGUUAGGCAGAAGAUGGAAGUGCUGGCGAGUUGUUUGGGGUUUAAAAAGAAUAAAGAUGCAGAAAAUGUAGAUAAAAGUACCAAGUUUAUUGAGGACGGAGUUAGGGAGUUGUUAAAAGCCAGAAGGGUUCUAUGUGGGUCUUAUGUUUAUGGUUACUAUUUGGAGGAUGAUGGGUCUAAUAAAACAAUUUUUGAGUUCAUGCAGAACGAACUGGAAGAGGUGACAGAAAAACUAAGCGAAAUGGUAGCACGUCCAUAUCUACGGACACCAAAAACAGUUAUAGUCCAAACAUCAGCUUUAGCAAGGCGAAAAAGACAUGAGUUUGUUCGAGCAGUAGCACAGGGGCUUAUACCGCCAGAAACACCACCAUCUUUCAGAAGACGACGAAGAAAAUACAUCGAUAGCGACAUAUCUCAGACUAGCACCUGGUUGCGAAGUUGUGAAUGGCCCGAAUACGAUUCUGACGAAGAGACUGAUAUUGCAUACAAAUCUUUUUCGGACGAAUCUCCACCCACAGAACAUAAAUGUGGCGUAUCUUGCACAAUGCAUGGGGGUGAUUAUAACCUUCAAUUAGCAAUCGCUUUGGAGUUAUCAAGGUUUCAAAUGGUCGAAGACACUAAGAAACAAACCAAAAUUAUCACACCCCCUGAUCAAGGGUCCAGUACUACCAAUCACAGAGAAAAUAACGUUGAUAAUCAAGUUAGACUCGCGAUACAGUUGAGCUUACAGGAGGAAACAACUGCAAUUAGUAAGAAAAUUAAGAGCAGUGCAGAUAUUACGGUGGAUUGUUUUCUGAAAUCUUUGGCGAAUCAUAAAAUCGAUAUUAAGUCAUUGGAAAUCAAUUCCGAUACCGAGAGGGAUUUUGUUUUUAGACCUUGUAAUGGUAAAGAGGAUGGGAGGUUUCAAAUUUCAGACAUUCAUGACAAAGGAUUUGCCUUUGAAGACAUGGACGACUUUGACGAUGAUACCAUCCGGUUAAAACGUUCGCAUUCAACAGGAGAUCUGCGCGUACGUCGUGGUAGAGGUGCGCGCGUGCGCACUAAUGCCGAUGAGCCCAGAUACCACCUAGACUCUGACCAUAGUAGCCAACAUGAUGAAAAACCUGAGGACGUGGUUAGAAGACUGUUAACACUACCCAGCACUUCUGUAACUAAAACAAAGCAGUUCAUCUUACUACAUACGUCUUAUCCUGAAGAGGAAUCCUAUCAAGAUGUUUUAAUAGGACAAAGCUCAAUAGAAGACACAACAACAUCAGACUCCAUUAUAGCAGACAUGGAAGUCUGCGGUAUUCUAAACUCGGUUACAGACGAAGAUUUAGGCAGUAAAGCAUUUACUGAAGAUGAGAAAGAAGUUAAAGUGAAUUCUCCAGCAGAGGAAACGGUUAAAGAAACACAAAAGACUGAAAACUUAGCCAAAUUAAACGAAUGCAAAAAACAAACUCACAAUCCGUUUGCCUCCUUAAAAGCUAAACUGUGUUCAGCACACCUUCCAAAAACCGGUUAUCUGUCUAGAAAAGCCGUCAAUAAAAGUAUAGGUCUUUUAGGCGACUCAAAAUCGAAAAAAUCAACGGAAGAAACAGCUGAAUCCUCAGCAAAAAAAUUUGUAAUUACAGAAUGCAAAUCGGAGAAACACAGCCCCAAAAAGGCGCCCAAUCAAAGUGCUACGAAUUGUUUUUCGAAAUCCACAGGGUUUUUGCUAGAGCAAGAGCGAAAAUUCAACAAGGGGAAUUCUUCCAAAUUAAGAAUAAGGAUAUGUCCGAGUCCGGAGCCAAAGUGUAAGAACCACGUGCUUGAGACUGAUAGUUCUAAUGAAUACGAAUCGGAGACGGGCAUACCGAAGUCUCCAACUCUCUUUAUAUCAGGUGUUUCCAUUUCCCGAACUCCCGAACCGAAAUCGCCGGGAAUGAGCCUGAUAAGCGUGUCAGGACUAAACAGCGGCCGGCAGUCGCGUUCCUCCAGCCUCAGCGUCCCGGCGCCUUUGUCUUCGGGAUCCCUAAGCGUCUCGACGACCAGUUUAACCAACUCGAGUUCACACGGGUGCCACACGAACGGCCACGAGUGCCAUACUACCCAACACGAACCAUUUACGCCUUCGUUGGCCAGAUCAACUACACCGGUGACUUCCAGAUCGAACAUACCUACGCCCAACAGCAGUCCCCGUAAGGAAACGAAGUCGAAAAGUGCCAGCGAGCCGGAGCGCGAACGCGAAAUGUUCAGGUUUCCGAAAUCGUCGACAGACGGCGCCCUGAGUUCGGUCCUGCACGUGCAGGAGUCCAACCUCAGCUCGGACGAUUUUCACGAAGCGCUAUUCCUGCUGGAACGGUCGCCUAAAACGCGGGACUCCAAACGUAAAAAGAAAUCCAAGAAAAAAGACAAAGACGACAAAAAGGAGGACGUGAGUUCGGUUUUAUAAAAACUAAAAAUCAAGGACUAAAAAAAGGACAAUUACUAUGGUGUUUUUAUUAUUACGUGAGCUAAUCGUGACACUAGCCAACUUUAUGCCUUUGUAAUAAUUACCUUCAAUUACACUGCGCAACAUGUAU